CAGCAUCAGGCACUGUUCUCAUGGUUACUAGUCUAAUAGCAAUUAUCCAACCUUGCCUACUAAAUACUAGUAAUUUAUAGGACCAGAGUACUCUCCCCCUCUCCUGCUAAGACCGUGCUCAACACUCGUGGGGACUCUUUUGUAUUAGCCUCCAGAGAGCUGACUUAUAAGCCACAUACCCAGUACACAUUCAGCAGCAGUCUAAGAGGACAGCAACUUCCUUUGAAGGUGAGGAAAUGGACUACGACUGUCAGAGCUCCAGUAGCAGCAAUUCUUAUGGAGACAACAAAGGACUUCAGUACCCUACAGAGAACCUAGGGACAAGUUGGGGGUCCUAUCUUCAGAGUGGACCUCCCACUAGAGCCAGUCUGGCUGGUGGACAUAAGAAAGUUAGAAAUCAUACUGAAACGGUGAAUGAAGAACUUGCAGAAUUAGGUAUCCCAGUUAAUAUUAAGAGGUCGAAGCCAAAAGCUGUGGUAUUUGACCCAUUUACACAAGUGAGAUCAAUUGAGGACACUUCACAACCAACAACAAGCACACCUGAAGUACAUGUACACCCUGCAAGCAAAAACAACACAAUGAAAGAAUUGAAAACCCAAAAAGAAAAUUCUGAGCCUCCAGAUACUAUUGUCAACUAUAAGAAGACACUUUUAAAAGAAACGCAAACACUUAUGGAAGCUAUCAAUACUAGUCAACAAGAAAUUGCCAAAAACGGCACCAACACUGAUUGUCUUAAAGCAUUGACUGCAAAAGACAAGACAUACUCCAAUCUGAGGCAGUUGGUAUGUGAGCCUAUUAAUGGGAAUGGAGUAGAGGUAUUGUCGACUGGUGUGCUACUAGAUGUCAUACACUAUCUGACAGAAGUGCUCAAUUCUUUGGUUCAACAAAGUCAGAAGCAGCUUCAACACGCUGAAAGUUUACAAAAGAGUGGGAGGCAAUUAAGUAAAAGCCAAGAUCGAUUUUUCAGAGAUCAGCAUGAGAUACACAAAGCUAUUGAAGAGGCGAGAAUGCAACUCAUAAAGGAACAAAACGCUUUUAAAGAGGAAAUUAUCGUUAAACAAGAGAAUAUGGAAAGACUACAGCUUGCAUUGCGCCAACAAAUACCCACAAAAGCACAAAAACAGACAUCGACUUUAGGUACAGUCCAUGAAGUUAUGCAAGGGCGUAAUCAGAUGGCUGCUUUACUUCAAACUCAGAAAGAGCAAGCUAAACUGGAGAAGUUAUUAUUUAGGCAACAAAGAGAUAUCCAGUGCAUACAAAGAGAUUUGGGAAAUACUAAGUCAGAACUCCUGUCAGCUCAAGAUCAUGCACUAAAGCUUGAACACAAAAUCGUUUUACACAGACGGAAAGCGAUGCCUGGACAACCUAGGGAACACGCAAAGGCACUCACAAGAAAAGAGGAUAGGAAAGGGCAUAAAACAACGGAUACCGGGUUGCGAGGAGUCUUAACAGCUCAACGCACAUUGGACCGAGAGAUGCUGAGAAUAAAAAGACAAAUAGAAGAGCAGCAAAUACAAGAGAGGCUAGCGAGCAAACGUUUGGAGGCCAGCUAUCAGAGUCUCAAAAAGAGAGCAGUGGCCCUCAGGCAACAGGCUGCAGGAAUUAAGGGGAAGUCACUCUAUGUGCCUAGUGAUGAAACUGAUAAUAAAGAUGACGACAGACAAGCUCAACAACAAAAGAAAAGGAAGACACACAUUCCCAAAUUACCCCAACUGCAAAGGCUCCCAAAACAAGCAAAAGUGAGAAAGAAGCCAACCUACACUUUCUCAAAACAGGAGCUGGUCACACUCGCUUGUUUCAGUGACGAGGAGGCUACAGACAAUGUAAUGGAGUGGCUGGAAAUGCAAGGAAACCUUGUAGACUAGUGUUUUCAUUCAUGCAGCUACUACUUUAUUAAAGCAGACAAUUGCUCUCUGUCACACUUUUUGUACAUUAGGAAACAGUACAGUUGUUAUCACUGAAUAUGUUCAUACAACUAAACUGCAUUGAUCAAUUUCAAAAAUCGUUGAUUUAUACAA